UGGCGGUAAUACGCGUUAAUUAGUUGCUUGCCAACCACCAUUAAAAAAAGUAGAAGAAGAAGCGAAAACCUAAGGAAACAAGGCAGAAAGAUACGCAGACCAACAAAAAACACCUUUGGACAUAGCAAAAGAAAGUAGAAGAACCGGGAAAAUUGUUCCCUGAUGAAGGAUGUUAUCUGCUGGGUUGGGUCCAACUGAAAGCAGCAAUAUGGACCCAAAGAUUUCCCUUUCAGAGGUACAAACUCUGAUUGAACAGGAGGUUCAAAAAGCAUUGGCCGACAAAGACAGAGAGGUUGAGAGUGUUAUACAACACCUUCAAGACACAUAUGAAGAAACCAGCUUUGAAAUGUCGAUUCAGAGACUAGAGAAUCGAAUCAAUGCAGUAGCCAGGAGAGCGGAGGUGGCCCUCUCCUACAUAGCAAAAAAUCAAAAACAGAGUCCUCCAUCUUCCACAGAUAAUACCAACAUCCUCAGUGAAAGCCCACAGCAUGACCAUGUUAAAGCUACGCCAGAGAAUAGAAAGGGACCAACCUAUAAAACAACAAGUGGAAGUAUUAUCAAAAUGAUGCAAACGGCAAGAAAUGCACUGAAGAGGUUCCAUGCUGACAAUGAAGGGUUGACCACUGUCUUGAAGGAUUCAGAUUUUGAGCGUACUCCACCUGUUCUAACUCCAAUGAAGCCUCUUAAACCUAGGGUAAAAAAUGAACCAUGGGGUCUGGGCCCGAGUAAUGUAGAUCCACAUGUGAAGAAGGCGCCUCCAUGUCUUACACCCUUCGACUCUUCAGAAACUCCGAUUCAGAAACCUGCUAUCACUGUAAAAAAAGAGCCUAAAAAAUUCCUGGAAAAGGACAACGAUGAUCGGAAGCUAAAACAUGCUGAGGGGCCAGUGGCUAAAAUCUCAAAAAAUGAAGAAUCAUCUCCUGUUGAUUGUAGCGGUCCUGGGCUCCAAAAGAAUGAAGGCGGAAAUCAGAUGAAGAAUGGAGAGGAUAUGUUCUUCUAUCCACCUCUUCCCACCAUGCCUUUCCCGUCCUCCCUGAACAUGGAAGCAGCAUCAUACAGUUUACCUCAGAAAGUAGUCGUAAAUUUGGCCUUUAUUAGGAACCCAACCAGGAUAUCUGUUCUCUGGAACAUUGAGGAUAAAGACCCCUUGGCCCCACCUAUGGAAAGUUACACCAUCCUCCUGACGAUGGAGACCUUUAAAGGGAGCGGCGUCUUCCUCAAAUGGGAUACUUACGAUAAACUGGAGGCCAAGGAUCUGCCCAUGUGUGCUUUGAUUAAUAAGUACAGGCGUGGACACAGGUUAUGUGCUGCUGUAGUGGGCAAAGACAUAUUUGGUCGGUAUGGACCCUAUAGUAAAGUUGCUACAGCCAUCCUGCCGGACUAAUUCAAAAAAAUGAUAUAAUGCAGAUCACAGAUUUUUUAUAUGUUAUCCUAAUAUCUCAGUGUUAAAAUAAAAACAUGUAAUUGGACUAUUACACCUGUUCUAGGAGACACAAACAAUGUUAUUAAAGGUGUAAAGGUUCUAUGUUUACUGUUUCCCUGAAUUGAAACUACAUAGGCAGUGUUUAAAAGCAAAUUGUUUUUAACAGAAUGUUAUGUAGGUUUUGUUGAAACCUGUUUUUUUGUUGUUGUUGUUUUUAAUUGUGCGUCAGAUACCAUAUUACAAGUGUUUUAACGUGUUAAAUGUAAAUUAAUAAAAUGGCUUUUACAACACACUUGGUUAAAU